AGCAUACACACAUACACACUCGCACACAUACACACACACACACACAGACAGUGUGAGAGACAGCCAUGGAAAGGUGGAGAGCGGACUGUUUUCUUUGUUUUUUUUAAACUCUUGCAAAUUCGCAUCCAUGACACCCUCCGCGGUGGCCUGCGCCCCUUCGAAUUCCCGAUGCGCCCGAAAGUGGCGAGAAGAUUUUCACAGGAAAAUUUUGUUCACACUUUUGUAACUGGAGGUCUGGAUCUGACUGUUCUGCAGUGUGCGCUCUACAGGGCGGCAGUGCAUGGACGCCAUGACUAUGAGCAUCAGCAACAAAGGGUGCUACUCGGUGGACCUGGGGGGCAGCUUCACUGAGGAUGCACCCAGACCCCCUGUCCCCGGAGAGGAGGGUGAGCUGGUGUGCACUGAGGGACGCCAGCACAGCAGCAGCCUUGCCUACUCCUCAAAGAACGAGAGUCUCAAAAGCGAGGCCUCGGUUGCGACGCCCAGACGGCCCGACUUGGACCUGGGCUAUGAGCCGGAGGGCAGUGCAUCCCCGACGCCACCCUACCUGAAGUGGGCAGAGUCUCUCCAUUCCCUCCUGGAUGACCAGGAUGGCAUUCACCUGUUUAGGACGUUCCUCAAACAGGAAAAAUGUGCGGAUAUGUUGGACUUUUGGUUUGCGUGCAGUGGCUUUCGCAAGCUCGAGGCUAAUGAGACUAACGAGGAGAAGAAGCUCAAACUGGCAAAAGCGAUCUAUAAGAAAUACAUCCUGGACAGCAAUGGCAUUGUCUCGAGGCAGAUCAAACCACCCACAAAAUGCUUCAUCAAAGACUGCGUGAUGAAGCUCCACAUUGACCCGGCUAUGUUUGACCAGGCUCAGACUGAGAUUCAGUCUAUGAUGGAGGAGAACACCUACCCGUUGUUUCUUAAGUCGGACAUUUAUUUGGAAUAUACUAGGACAGGGGGAGAGAGCCCCAAGCUGUACAGCGACCAAAGCUGCGGCGGCUCUGGGAACGGAAACAUUUUGUCGGGGUACCUUCCAACGUUAAACGAAGACGAGGAAUGGAGGUGCGAUCAAGGGCUGGAGGAGCAGCCCGAGUGCGACCCCAUACCAAGCAACCUGCUCACGCAUAAGUUGCUCAUGGAGAUGGCACCCCAGCGUGCAGCCGGCAGCUCCAGAUUCCAGGACAGUCAUGAGUACAGACAUGCAUCGUGGCGGGAGCCCAUCAACCCGUAUUAUGUCAACAGGGGUUACGCUGUGGCUCCGGCCACCAGCGCCAAUGACAGCGAGCAGCAGAGUAUGUCCAGCGACGCCGACACCCUUUCCCUCACCGACAGCAGUGUAGAUGGGGUUCCACCCUACAGAUACCGCAAACAGCAUCGCCGGGAGAUGCACGAAAGUGCCAAAGCAAAUGGGCGAGUGCCACUACCUCAUAUUCCACGCACAAACCGUAUACCAAAGGAUAUCCAUGUGGAGCCGGGGAGGUUUGCUGCAGAGCUCAUCAGCAGACUGGAAGGCGUUCUGAGAGAGAGGGAGGCUCAGGAGAAGCUGGAGGAGCGACUGAAGAGAGUACGAUUGGAAGAAGAGGGUGAUGACGUUGACAUCUCCACACCCACUUCACUGUCCAGUCACAGGUUCCCCUCCAGUGCUUAUUCCCAGCAUUAUAACGCUCGCUAUGCUGACACAAGCUACAACGGCCUUUUGCUGAGAGAUGCUCAUGAGGAGAACCCCGAGAGCAUCCUGGACGACCACGUCAAAAGAGUCAUGAAGACUCCGGGUUGUCAGUCACCAGGCACAGGCCGCCAUUCCCCCAAGUCGCGCUCCCCGGACGGUCUCUCAGGCGGCAAAGCAAUCGGACACGGGACGCCACUGUUGUCGGGCCAGGGUAAAUAUCCUGUAAGGCAUGGCAUCAAGGGAGAGAUGAGCCACCAGCACCAUCACAAACACCUGCACCACAUCCAUCACAUGGCGGGAGGAAAGCCCAAAGAGCAGAUGGAGAUCGAGGCGGCUGUGAGAGUGCAUGGCGGCUUUCCCUCAGGUGUGGAGCAGAACCAUUACGGGUCAAAGUCUCGCAACUAUGCUGACGGCACGAGCUCCAGUCCAAUGGACCCUGUUGGCUACAGUAGCAAAGGUGGCACACAAUGUAAAAAAGCGUUCAAGAAAGGUGAGGAGCCACGUGCCUAUGAUGGGACGCUGCUUCCAGAGGAGAUGGAGAGAAACCAGAAGAUCCUCAUGUGGAUGAUGGAGGGGGAGAAAGAGACUGUUCGCCACAAGAGGAGCCCAUAUGGCACGACAGGGUCGAAGAAGACCGCCGGCCAUGACGUGUCUCGUCUCAGUUCAGUGGAGCGACCAGGCGCAGUGCACCCAUGGGUCAGUGCUCAGCUGCGGAACAAUGUGCAGCCGUCUCACCCUUUCAUCCAGGACCCCACCAUGCCUCCAAACCCAGCCCCCAACCCCCUCACCCAGCUGGAGGAGGCACGCCGACGGCUUGAGGAGGAGAAGAUUAAGUCUGGAGUCUUGCAACCAAAGCAAAGGUAUGUCAUGGAGGUGAUCCAGAGGGGUCGCACGGCUGUCAGGCCCGCAUUGUUCCCUCCGCUCUGCGUGGUGCCUGCCGUCUCUGACAGUGAGCUCUCCGAGUCCGAGUACAGGGUGGAGCAGCGACCGGGUGGGGUAAUUGGCCAACCUUGUGAGAACAUCACUGUGGCCUACUACUUUUGUGGAGAGCCUAUACCGUAUCGAACGUCUGUCAAAGGAAGGAUUGUCUCACUGGGCCAGUUUAAGGAGCUCCUAACAAAGAAAGGGAACUACAGGUAUUAUUUCAAGAAGGUAAGCGAUGAGUUUGACUGCGGAGUGGUGUUCGAAGAGGUACGUGAAGAUGAUGCUGUCCUCCCCAUCUUUGAGGAGAAGAUCAUCGGGAAAGUUGAAAAAGUUGAUUGAAGAGAAGUUCGAGAAAAGGAGAUGCG